GUGUGUAGAUAAUAGUUCAGAUGAGUUGAGCUGCAGCUCGUGACAGAUCAAAAACAACCUCAGAGCUCGAUCAUGAUGGUUUCUCAUGGCUUAUAUGGGACCCUGUGGAUAUUGUUGUGUUUUGGUCUGUUUCUAAGUGAAGAUCUGCAGAUUUCUGGUCCGACUAAUGGAGCAGUAGGAGGAAGUGUGGUGUUUGCUCCUGUUAUCCCGCCCAACACAUCAUUUAUUACAGUUCAGUGGAGCUUUGGAUCAACUCUGAUAUUGACAGGACCGCCUGAUUCACCUAUAAUAGUCUCAGCAUACAGAGACAGAGUCAGUUUUGACAGAAACACUUUCGCUCUGGAGCUCUGGAACCUGAGACUGGAGGAUUCUGGGAUAUACAGACUAACUGUAUUAACUAGUGAUGGAGAACAACUUACAGGAGAAACUUCACUAGUGUUCGAAAAUAUAACUAAUGUCAGAGUUAUUGGUCCAGAAGAAUCAUUAAUAGAGGGAGAAUCAUCUGCUAACUUCAGCUCUGAGGGAACUGGCAUCAUCACCUCUGUGCAGUGGAUGAAAGAUAACCGUCCUCUGUCUCCUAGCAACAGCAUCAUCUUCUCAUCUGAUCACAGAUCAGUGUCCAUCAGUCCAGUGCAGAGAUCAGACAGUGGAGAAUAUCAAUGUACAUAUAGAAACCCUGCUAGCUCUCAGACGGCAAAACCUGUGCGUCUGAUCAUCAACUAUGGACCAGAAGAUGUUUCUGUUAAGGGUGAGGAUGUGGUGGAUUUAGGGGUUCGUGUGUCGCUCUCUUGUUCUGCAAAAUCUGAACCUUCUGCUUCAUUCAGCUGGAAGUUUAAUGAAACAGACACCAAUGUGACCACAGACACAUUCACCAUAAACGAGACUGACUUCACACACAGUGGAGAUUACAUCUGCACAGCCUCCAAUAAUGUCACAAAGAGAAGCGCCUCACACAAACAUGCUUUACUAGUUAAAGAAGGAGGAGAAGGAGGAGAAGGAGGAGGGCUGUCAUCAGGGGCGAUAGCUGGGAUUGUCAUUGGGGUUUUAGUGGCAGUUGCAGGCAUUUGUGGUCUGACUGUCUAUUUAACAAAAACUAAGAAAAUACCAAAAAUUAACCUUGGACAACAUGAACCGGCAAGAGGAGCAGCACAAAGCAGACAGGAGCCUGACCUGAACUAUGCAGACAUUAGCCAUUUCCAGAAGGCUGGAGAGAGAGUGAAUCUGGGGAAUACGAGUGAAUCUAGUACAGAGUAUGCUGAAGUAAAACCUGGAGGGAAGUCAAGGGCUCCUCCACCUCCCUAUGGACAUCAGUCACGUAUCAAACCCUCCUGUGCGCAGGUGCGGACGUGAAGAAACACUGAAACACUGAAAUCUACCGCACUGAGUCUUCCUGCUUAUUGCACAUCUCACACGUGUUGUGUUAUUUCUCUAAUUUAGUCUGAUAUCACUGGAUGUUGUUGUUAAAGUGAAAUGUAAAACUUUUAUUAUGGUUUUGAAUUCAAGAUGGCUUGAUACGCUGUGCAAAUAAGAUGGAGAGACAGGGGAGGGUUUUUCGACAUUUAUCUGAUAAAAAAUCGAUGUUGUUUCGAAAUCUUCAACUUCUCUUGAACUCUCUCUAUUGUGUAAAAUAAUGUCAAGUUAUAAAAGCCGUUAUUACAACAUAACCACAUUCCGGUGUGUGUUUUAAUUAACUGUAGAAAACAUUGAUGUUUUACAUUUUGUAUAUGCAUUUAUUUGUUAUUUGUUUUAUUUUGAAUAAAAUUAAGCAAAAUUU